CUUCGCUCGGCAGAAAGGGUGGCGCCGCACACAACUGCUGUGUGUGAGUGUAGAUUCACACCAUGCAAGUGUCCUGUCUGGGUCCCUGGGCCGGCUGACCUCUUUGUAAGAAGGCCUGGAUGGAGUAAAAUGUGAAGGAAGGCCCAUUUGGGGUGUGGGGGGAGAUGUAUACAUGGUGGAACAGGAUCCAGGAUCUGCUGCUGUACCUCUGCUGUAUACUGAAUCCCAGCUGCAAGGAAGAAGACCCCAGCUCAGCCUUAGGAAGAACCUCCUGAGAGUGGUAGGACCCUUCCACAGGAUCCCUUGAGCAUCACCAUAGGUGCCCAGAGCUAUAGGAACACCCACAAUGCCCCGCUUUGAACUGAAACCUCGCAAGAAGCGGUUGAAAGAAGAAGAGAGGCACCUUCGUGCAAAUGACCGCGCCUUCAAUCUCCAGUUUGACUAUGCAAAAAACUCCAUCAAAACAUCCAAGUACAAUGUCUUCACCUUCCUGCCUCUCAACUUAUUUGAGCAGUUCCAGAGAAUUGCCAAUGCCUAUUUCCUUUUCCUGCUCAUCUUACAGCUCAUCCCUGCCAUUUCUUCCCUCUCAUGGUUCACCACGGUUGUUCCCCUGGUCUUGGUGCUGGCUGUGUCAGCAGCAAAGGAUGCCAUUGAUGAUGUGAACCGGCACCAGAGUGACAAGCAAGUCAACAACCGUCCUGUCAAAGUGCUGGUCAAUGGCAGCUUGAAGGAAGACCUCUGGAUGAACGUGGAGGUUGGGGACAUCAUCAAGUUGGAGAACAACAACUUUGUGACGGCUGACCUCCUGUUGCUGUCCAGCAGUGAACCCCACAGUCUGACCUACAUUGAGACCGUGGAGUUGGAUGGGGAAACCAACCUGAAGGUCAAGCAGGCACUGACCGUCACGGCCGAACUGGGUGAGGACCUGCAGGCCCUGAGCAGCUUUGAUGGUGAGGUCAGGUGCGAAGCCCCCAACAACAGGCUGGACAGAUUCAUGGGGACACUGGUCUUCAAGCGGCAGAAAUACCCCCUGGACAAUGAGAAGAUGCUGCUGAGGGGAUGCACCAUCCGCAACACAGAUUGGUGCUUUGGGCUGGUCAUCUUCGCAGGGCCAGACACCAAAUUAAUGCAGAACAGCGGAAGGACAACUUUUAAAAGGACGAGCAUUGAACGCUUGAUGAACUUCUUGGUGCUAGUGAUCUUUGUGUUUUUGGCUGCCUUGUGCCUGAUCCUGGCCCUCGGCCACAGCAUCUGGGAGUACCACAAGGGCUACUACUUCCAGGUGUACAUGCCCUGGGCGGACGAAGUCCACUCCUCCUUCUUCUCUGCCUUCCUCAUCUUCUGGUCCUAUGUCAUCAUCCUCAACACCUUGGUGCCCAUCUCCCUGUAUGUCAGCGUGGAGAUCAUCCGCCUGGGCAACAGCUUCUACAUUGAUUGGGACCGCAAGAUGUACUACAGCCCCAGUGACAUGCCUGCCCAGGCCAGGACCACCACUCUCAAUGAGGAACUGGGGCAGAUCAAGUACAUCUUCUCAGACAAAACAGGCACCCUCACCCAAAACAUCAUGGUCUUCAACAAGUGCUGCAUCAAUGGGACCUCCUAUGGGGACGUCUUAGACUCCAAGGGACAAAGGGUGGAGAUCAGUGAGAGCACUUCAAAAGUGGAUUUCUCGGAGAACCCACUAGCUGACCCAAAGUUUGUGUUCUACGACCAUAGCUUGCUGGAAGCUGUGAAGAGAGGCGAUAACGCCACCCACAAGUUCUUCCGCCUGCUUUCCCUUUGUCACACAGUGAUGCCAGAAGAGAAGAAGAAGGGUGCAUUGGUGUACCAGGCUCAGUCUCCCGACGAAGGUGCCUUAGUUACGGCUGCCCGGAACUUUGGCUUCGUGUUUCGUGCCCGCACUCCAGAGACCAUCACAGUGGUGGAAAUGGGAGAGACAGUGGUGUAUGAGCUGCUGGCCAUCCUGGACUUCAACAAUGUGCGCAAAAGGAUGUCUGUCAUUGUGCGGAGCCCCAUGGGCAAGCUGACCCUCUACUGCAAGGGUGCAGACACCAUCCUCUAUGAACGCCUCCAUCCUUCCUGUGGCUGCUUGAAGGAAAAGACAACAAUCUACCUGGAUGAGUUUGCAGGGGAAGGACUGCGGACUUUGGUGGUGGCCUACAAGAACUUGGAGGAGAGUUACUUUGAGGAUUGGCAGAUGCGCCACUACGAGGCCAGCAUAGCCUUGGACAACCGGGAAGAAAAACUGUCUCUGCUGUAUGAAGACAUUGAAAAAGACUUGAUGUUGUUGGGUGCCACAGCCGUUGAAGACAAGCUGCAAGAUGGAGUCCCCCAAACCAUUGAUAUCUUGGGGAAAGCGAAGAUUAAAAUCUGGGUGCUCACUGGAGACAAACAAGAGACGGCAGUAAACAUCGGCUACUCCUGCAACAUGCUGUAUGAUGACAUGAGGGACAUCUUCAUCAUCCAAGGCAAAACCUCACAAGAAGUGGAAGAGGAGCUCAGGAAAGCAAGGAAGAAGAUGAAUCCUGAAGCCUUCGUGGAUGACAGAGAGCUGGAUAUCCAUGUCCGGAAACCAGGUGGCUCAAAGGUCUUGCUGGAUGAGGAACCCAAUGCAGAAUAUGGCCUGGUGAUCAAUGGGUACAGCUUGGCGCAUGCACUGGAGGGUCCACUGCAGCUGGAACUGGUACGGACAGCCUGCCUGUGCAAAGCGGUCAUCUGCUGCCGGGUGACUCCCCUGCAGAAGGCCCAGGUGGUGGAGCUGGUCAAGAGGCACAAGGACGCUGUCACCCUGGCCAUUGGGGAUGGGGCCAACGAUGUCAGCAUGAUCAAGACUGCCCACAUUGGUGUUGGCAUCAGUGGCCAGGAGGGAAUGCAGGCGGUGCUCUCCAGUGACUUCUCCUUUGCCCAGUUCCGCUACCUCCAGCGGUUGCUUCUAGUCCACGGCCGCUGGUCAUACCUCCGUAUGUGCAAGUUCCUGGCCUACUUCUUCUACAAGAACUUCACCUUCACGCUGGUCCACUUCUGGUACGGCUUCUUCUCCGGCUUCUCUGCCCAGACGGUGUACGACGAGUGGUUCAUCACCCUCUACAACAUGGUCUAUACCUCCUUGCCUGUGCUGGGAAUGAGCCUCUUUGACCAGGAUGUGAACGACCGCUGGAGCUUGCAGUUCCCCCAGCUUUAUGAACCCGGCCAGCAGAACCUGUACUUCAACAAGAUGGAGUUUGUCAAGUGCACCCUCUACAGCGUCUACAGCUCCCUGGUGCUCUUCUUUGUUCCCUACGGGACCAUGUUUGACUCCUUGCGGACCGAUGGGAAGGCAAUCUCUGACUACCAGUCCUUCGCACUCAUGGCUCAGACCUGCCUGCUCAUUGUGGUGUCUGUCCAGAUGGGUCUGGACACAGCCUACUGGACCGCCGUGAACCAGCUCUUCAUUUGGGGCAGCCUGGCUGUCUAUUUUGUCAUCACCUUCACCAUGUACAGCAACGGCACAUACCUGAUCUUCACGGCUUCUUUCCCUUUUGUUGGGACAGCCCGGAACACCUUGAACCAGCCAGCCGUGUGGCUCUCAGUCAGCCUCUGCGUGGCCCUCUGCGUCCUGCCAGUCGUCGGCUUCCGGUUCCUCAAGACCCAGCUCCGGCCCACCAUCAGUGACAAGGUGCUGGCAGAGGUUCAGACCCUCCGCCUGCCGCCGCCCUCACCCAAGCACUGCCUGAGGCGCGGCUCAUCCCGACGCUCCGGCUACGCUUUCUCGCACCAGUAUGGCUUCGGGGCCCUCAUAACCUCUGGGCGCAACAUGCGGCCCCGAUCCCCCUUCAACCUCUCUGGCUCCUUUUCGCCAAACGCCCUCCGGCGCCACAAGUGAUGCCUACGCAAGGAAGAGGAGGAGGAGGAGGAUGAAAAGCAGCAGCUGCAAUGAGGACCAGCCAGAUCAGGGCCAGGAGGAAGGGUGCGUGCAGAAGGGUCCAUCGGGGUGGAACAUCCUAAAGACCUCCACUGUUAGGACUGUGCAGAGGAGGGCAGCAGCCACAGUGCAAGGGGGCUGGAUAGGGCCCCCUGGGGACAGCAAGGAACUGGCCACCUGGACAGAGUUGUGCCCCCAAACUGGCCCACCUGGCCCACCCCCAGGGAUCCCUCUUGGCCAGACUGGUAUGGACCCAGGUGGACAAAUGGACAGACAAUCCUCAUAAUGCUCCACUGUGGUAGUGGCAUGGAAGGAGAUGCAGCCCCUGGACUACCCCAUGCCACUGCACCACUUCCCCCCUGCAAAACCCCUUUGUCCAGACUGAGUUCCCCCCACCAUCACCCAGGAGCAAUGAAGCAGUGGAGCAGAAGCGGCCUCCAUGGGGCUCCGGCCUCAAGAACCGAGGGUUGGGGGGGAGGCUUCCUUUUGUAUGCACAUUUCUAAUAAAAGAGCUACUGAAGGAA